AUGGAUGAUCCCAAAGGCAAUCGAUUUCCAUGGAUAGAAAGACGUGCUGAUCAGGUUUUGGCAGAAAUAACUAUAUUAGUUUUUGGAACCCUGAUCGCCUGCUGCAUGGCAGGUCAUGGUGAAGAAGCUUUGGGAGAAACUCAAUACGCCCACAAUGUAGAACACAAACAUGCAUCUUCUCAUCAAAGUUUUAGCCAACAUCAUUUUCACGCUGUACCUGUCUAUGUAAAACACGAGGAUGCAAAAUUACUACACCAUCCCAUCGAACUAGGAGGAAUUAAACACAAUCUGAAGGUUUUGCAUCCAGAGACAAAACCUAGCCACGACCAUGGUGCAACUAUUGAAAACCAUCGAAGUGAGUUUCAUCCUCAAGCAAGUGGACACGAUUUUGGAGGCAGUUUAGGAGGUCAUGGAGGUGGCAGUUUAGGUGGUCACGGAGGUGGUGAUGCUGGUGGUGCUCAUGCCGACCUUGGAGGACACGGAGGUUUUAUUUCAAGUGGAGGCCAUGGAGGACUUGGUGGUGGCCACGGAGGUUUAGGGGACUACGCAAGUAACGGUGGUGGACAUAUACAAUAUGAGGGUCACGGUCAUCACUAG